ACGUCACAUCACACGACGGUACCUUUUCUAUUAAAGCGUCCGCGGUGGCGGAACCGGGUACCUCAGUAGAGGUCUACCGCGGACGGCGCUUAUGUGCCAGGUGCACCGUGGCCCACUCGGUGGCGCCUAGAGGCUGCAGCGACGUGUGAGUUUGAAAAGAUAAAAGGCCAUCGUGACGCCAUGGUCACAAUGGUGUUCAUAGGAGGGUUAGCCUCAGUAGACACCACGAAAAGGCUUCUGGAACGGGAAAACCUCACUUCAAAGGAGGCGUUAGAGGCAGGCGAGGCUUUUGAAAGGAAAGUAGAUGACUUAUUCCAUAUUUAUUAUGUUGAAUGGAGGACAGAAAUUCUCAAAAAUGGAUCUAUCGGAGGCGGACAUGCAGGGGCCAUAUCGUGGAUGCUCACGGAAUACGCCAUCCCCUCGGAAAAUAGAGGCAAUUGUUAA